GUGCUUGGGCGUGGCGUCGGAGGGGACGGUGCGCCCCGCGGGCACGAGCUUCUUGGGCCGCACAAAAUGGCGGACGGCGACAAUAGGAGCACCAACCAGCUGGCUGCAGAAACAGCUGGCUUGGAAGAGCAGCUGCAAGGAUGGGGUGAAGUGAUUCUGGUGACAGACAAAAUCCUGCGCUGGGAAAAACCAUGGUUUCCACCUGCCAUGAUCACUGUAGUUUCCUCCAUUUUUCUGAUGAUAUACUACUUGGACCCAUCUGUUCUUUCAGGUGUUUCUUGCUUUGUCAUGUUGCUUUGUUUGGCUGACUACCUUGUACCUGCUCUUGCACCUAGAAUUUUUGGCUCCAGUAAAUGGACUACUGAACAACAGCAACGAUUCCAUGAAAUCUGUAGCAACCUGGUAAAAACAAGGCGCAGGAUUGUUGGUUGGUGGAAACGUCUCUUCACAUUUAAGGAGGAAAAACCUAAAAUGUAUUUUAUGACCAUGCUGUGUUCAUUAGCUGUGAUUGCCUGGAUAGGACAGCAAGUUCACAACCUCUUCCUCACCUAUCUUAUUGUGAACUGCUUCUUGUUGUUUCCUGGAUUAAACAAGCAUGGAAUAAUUUCAAAGUAUGCUGGAAUGGCAAGAAGGGAGGUCAACAAACUCCUCAAGCAAAAGGAGAAGAAAAAUGAAUGAAGCUUUACUUGCUAUUUCGCUCCAUAGCAUAACUUGUGUUCUGGGAACAAUUCAGUGAAUUAUUGUAUGUUUAAAAGUAUAGCAGUGCUUAAUUUUGGUCAUUGCCUUUUAACUUUAAAUGGCCACCUCUUCUGCUGUUUAAAUAGGAACACUGUGGUGUCUGAAUCACACCAUAGUGCUGUCUGCUAACAUGGACAGUAUUUUACAUUGAGCAUAACUAGGAACCUCAUAGUAUAAGGUUGUUGAGUAAUGGUGGUGGUAAACUGAUGACAUUUGUGUGAAAAUGUUCUUUGUUACUGUUUUUGGUGGAAAGGCACCAGCUAAAAUUCUUCAUUUCUGUUAAGUAUUUUGAGGCUCACUGGGCUGUCUAGAUCUACUUCAUGAUACCCUUCAAAUUUGACUAUUAAAAUGUCUUAGGAAGUUGUGGCAAUAGUUUGAAUAAACAUGGCCCCUGAACUCCAACAUUGCAUCCAAGUUGUCUCUAACUCUGUAGUACAGCUUAUUGCACUGAAGCUAUGGGAAGCUGAAGUCAGCAUGCACAGUCAGUGAAUGUUCUUGUUUCUAUUAUUUAAAUUGCUGUAGUUCUGAUGUGCAAAUGGGUCUUUAAUUUUUUAAAUGUGGUAUGUAUUCAAAAUCAUGGUAAAUAUUUGAUGCACCUGUCUUGUCAACAUGUCUGUCUUAGGAGUUAUUUGUGUUCUUAAUUCUAUUGUUUUUACUACUAAACAUAAGUAAAAGUUGUAACUUGUUAAAAAGCUAGGCAUCUUAAAUGUGGGUUUUAAAGUCACACAUCGGUCUUAUUUGCAAAUGGAUGAACAGUGUUAUUAUCAGCUUGAAAAUAUAGACUUCGGAAACCUUGAAGUUUGGUUUUUUUCAUUACCUUUAUUUGCUUAGUAAAAAGUGUAGCGAGAGGCUUGGUCCUUACAUUACUGCCAUACAGACAGUAGCUCUGCCUCAUUCUAAUCUUACCAAACUAAAUUUCUGACAGUUUUCUACUUUUUUCUGGGGGGGAAGAAGAGACAAUUUAACUAGUCUGUCUUUAUCUUGCCAAUAAUGACUGAAAAGGCUAUAAUCACUGCUAGCAAAGAAUGGAAUGUGGUCCAAUUAUACCUGCACAGAACUAAAAGGGAUGCAUAAUUGUAAUCGAGUGGUGGCAAAACAGAGGACUGGCCUAUAUUAAAGUAACUUUUUUCCCAUCUGCUAAAACAUAUCUAAAAAUGAUGAUUCUCUCCCCCAUGGCAAGCUUCCACUUUAAAAUGGCAGCAUUAGGCUUUAUUUGGAAAGACAGUAAGAGCAAAACUUGCCAAAACAUUCUGGAGUUCCUACCCCAGCCCCUCACACAAUUACUUGCUGAAUUCAUUCAGUUUUAUCCUUUCAUUGUGGAGUAUGGGCAGCCACACAAAGGCAAGGUUCUUCAGGCUACUUAUUGGCAUAACGCCAUAUUUAAGGAUGCCCAUGGAGUAACAGAUCCUUUUUGUGACAGUUGGACUUGAUCAAGAUUCUGGUUUUUCAAAACCAAAGGAACACCAAUUUCAGACUCAUUAGAUCCACCUCACUACUACCUUACUUCAUGAGGUGCCAUACCUUGAAGCCUGCCGAUUGCUGGAAUGGCUGGUUACUCCUGGAGGUUCAGGUAAUAACACAGAGAAAGCCAUCCACUGCAUGUCCUACCGCUCACCAUUCCUUAGGGCAGUUGUUGGACUUUUGUUUAAACAUGCAUAGGACAGUGUCCUAUGCGUGUUUAUUACAAGAACCACUCCAUCACAGCUCCUUCAGUCAAUGUUUCAGUAUAGCAAUGUGGUAUCAUUGCGGCGAGCUGUCAUUUUUCUAUUUCAGAACACACUUUCAGUUGGACAUUAAUGUAACAAGUAUCCUGCAGUGGUAAUUUUAUCGUUGCCAAGUAGCAGUGGGAGUUAUGUAGUGAUCCAUGUGUCCUGCAGUUACACGUAUUAGCGACAGAGCAUGCACUGAAGAGAAAGUAACAUCCAUGAAAUUCAGAAACAGCUUUGGAAUUCUUUAAUAACUAAGCAGGACUUACUGGAACUAGUAUUCUCAAAAACACCGUCUCCCUUUCUCAUCCUCCCACUCCGUUUUGUUAUCUAUAUUUUAGACAGGAUACUUAAAUCCAAUUACUGGACUUCAGAGAAAUGCUGUGUCAUGUGAGGAAAAUAAUGCUAUAAUGGAAAUGUAUAUGGGGUGUAAUGGUAGAUGAAGACACUGUUGCAGGGAGGGGGAAUCGGUUUCAUGUACUUGCCUUUUUGGUCAGAAUUGCUGUUUUCAUUUUGAUUGCAUUGAUGUGUAAUACAAAUGGAUGAUAAAUGUAUACCUAGAAAGCUAAAAUAAAAAAAGACUGACAUCUUA